AUGGACACAACAGCCCCCCCAGAGAUCUUCGACUCGCUCCCGUAUUACGACGAUGACCUAACGAAAUAUCCCCAUCUUCAAGAGAUGGUGGAAGGGGAACUUGCACGGGAGCCAAGCGCACCUCAAACGCUCCAUCCACGCGUACCCCCUCUUGUGGAACCAUUCAUUACCCCACUAUUAAAAGCAGAGUUGGAACGCGCCGCUAACAACAAACCCUUUCCUGCGCUGGACACUUUGCGUUACACCCUCCCAGCACCAUCAUCAACCCCCGCAACCGAUGAAGAAUGGAAAUCUGCUCUGGAUAACGCGCAUGCACAAUUGCAGCACCAACGCAUUAGGCAACAAAACCUCGCCCUACUACAGACGUACGGUUCGAAUGCCUGGCGGAUACAAAAUUACCUCCUCGAAUCGACAGCGAAGCAAACAGAAACAUCGCUGGAACAGCUAAAGGAGCUUACUGUGGAAGUCAAUCGCGAACGUAAGAAUUCUCAGGACCGGGUUGGAAAGCAAUUGACCGCCCUGGAGACACGGUGGACGGAGCUUAUCUCUAGCGUCCUUCAGAUCGAAAUGGCCAAUGUUGCUCUGGAUGCGGAAAUCAACAGACUGAACAAAAAAGAGGCUGAAUUGGCGGAACUGUAG